AUGCGCACUCUGCAGGAUGCAGUAAGGCGGAUGCUGAGCAGCUCUGGGUCCGUUUCCUUGGAUCCCGUUACAGAAGCCGUGGUGCAAACGGCCAAGCCCCUUCCCAUGAAAGACUUUCAGACGCAUGCCCUGUUCUUCUGGUACGACUACUUCUCGUGCCCGCAGCUACGGCAUCCGACGCGGGUUUCCGAUGAAACAGACAACGAUGAAACAGACAACCUUCAUCAAGCCAAUGCCAUCAACAGCAUCCCAGCAUAUGUGGCCAGGUGCGAGGUUUUCAUCGCACUUUGCCCGGUUCUCGACUGCCCCUUGGAGAGAAGAGUGCUAACGCCAGCGACCUGGAGCAGCCAUCAUCGGGAAGACGUCCUGGCGCGCGGGCGGCGCGCCUCCGUGGUGGCGGGGCCCCCCCCCGAGGGGGCAUCGAACUUUCCCGACCUCGUUGCCCUGGAGCUGACCUUUGCAGAGGACAGUCAGGAGUUAUGUUGUGUAAUGUUUUGCUGUGACGGGCUGCUGCCCGAUAAUCCGUGCGUUGGAGCCCGUGACUUUCACGGCACGGUGGUGCAAUACGAUGAGCUCCCGGCGAAGCUGGCUUCCGUCCCGAAAGGCCCGCUCGUUUUGCUUGCCGCUGACUCAGAGCAGGCAGACGCGGAGUGGGGCAGGCUUGCGCUUCCCCUUGAUAAACAGCACUGCCUGAAGGAUGCCUGGCAGUUUGCGAAGCACGCCCGCGGCAACCAUCAGCUUGUGCAAGGCCUGGCCCGUGUGGACACAUCCUGUGUGCGAGAGCUCUUCAAGGCCUCCGGCCAGCAGGGGGUUUUUGUUGAGCCGGUGGGGCGGCAGGACACGACGCCCACCGUUUCGGUUGUCUGGCACAAGCCCCUGCGUGAUGAGGGUCUUAGUGCUCUGCAUGAGCGGUUGCUGGCUGAGCGGCCGGCUUUCGGAUUGCUUCUUGGUAACAGGGAGCUUGGCACCCGUGUUGCCCCUCAGGAGGGGCAGGCUCCCACGCGCACCUGGACCAUCACAGGUACGCCUCCGCCUUGGACCGACGACUACAUUAGGUCCUUGCUUGUGUCCCAGACCUCUCUUCAGAACCCUGCUGUCGUUCGACGGUUGGUUAGGAAAGGGGCCUGUUCCUGGUGGGUAAGGGCGUCUGCGGGCGCCGGCGCGGAUGCACAGCAGAUUGUUGUUGAGACGCCUGAGGGGGAGCGAUCGUACUGGGUCCUUCCUGCCCCCGCCCGGCCAGGUACGCGUGACCGUGGGCAGCCGCUACGCGCUGGCCCCUUUGCGUUCAAACGCGAGGCGUUCACCACGAUCGACAAGCCGGUUCUCCAGAGCUCUGAGGCAACUGAGGCCACAGGUGAGGAGGGCCGCCUUGCGCCAGGAGCGAAGAAGGCUGCUGCAGCUGCUGUUCGGUACCGCCAAAUCCCUGCUGACCUAGAGCGCCACGUGGUGCCAGGCGACGGCUCCUGCCUUUUCCAUUGCCUCGCCAAGGCCUUGCCCUCAGCACCGACUUCGGACAAGGCGCGUGCCGAGACCAUUGCUCACAUGCGCAAGUAUGCCACCUCCUUCCAAAAACGGUGGGAUGGCUGUGAUGACCGGCAGCAGCACCUGGAGUCCUUUGCCGAUUAUCUUACGCGGAUGCAGGCCCGGGAUGCUUGGGCCGGUGCGCUUGAGAUCUUAGCCGCUGCUAAAACGUAUCGGUGCACUAUCCUUGUGCUUCCUGAGCGGGCUGAUCUGCCCCCGAGUGCCUACAACUUUGCGCCCUCCUUGCCUAGGGUCAUUGUGUGGCACACCGGCAAGCACUUUGACCUACUUACCCUUAAAGCCAAUGCCCGUCUGCCCGAUGAGAUUGCUGCUGUCACUGAGGAGGUUGGCCAGGCCUCGUUCCCGCGUGUGGGGGGGCCCUCCGCCGAUGACCUUGAGCGGCUUGAUGCUGCGUCUGUUGGGGCCUCGCGCUCUGAUUGCCAUGCCUGUGCCUCGGUUGCCUCUUCGGCGCCCACUUCGGUCAAGCAGCGGGCCCGGGCACGCACAAGUGCCCCGCUGCAUGCUGCCUCGGUUGCGUCUUCUGCGCCCUCUUCGGUUCAGAUGCCUGGGCUCGCCUGUGUCGGUUCGCCGGCCGGCCCUGCCUUUGCUGUUGCUGCUGUUGCGGCCUCGGCGCAUGGAUCGGUUGCCUCGUCUGCGCCCACUUCGGUGAAGCUUCGGGCCAAGCGGGCUCGCACGGCCUCGCCCGUCGCUGCAAGGAGCAUUCGCUCUUUCUUUGGUGGGCCCACUGCUGCUGUUGUGGCUGGCCCGGCUGCUGUUGAUGAUGUGUCGGCUCCGGGGCCGCCGGCGCCCGGCACGCCCGACGACCUUCUUGAGGAUUGCUUGCCUGUGCCGGCUGCCGCCGGGGACCAGCAGCGCUACGACUCUCGAGGCCGCUUGCUCAAGGGCCGCACCAUCAAGGCCAAGGAUAGCUGGAAGUGCAGUUGGUGUGAUUAUGUUGCACGUGGCAAGCAUUGGUGCGCUUACCGGCAUCAGCACCUUAAGGCUUGGCACCCUGAACAUUUGCAGGACUUCGUGCGCCGACCACUACAGUUCGUGACACCGGGUCCCGAUGACCAGGUUGAGUGGUCUUGCCCUUUGUGUGACAAGGCUUUGCUCAAAGCUCCCGAUCGGAGCGCCGAUGUGCUGCUGCAGGCCCGCUUGCGCCACCGUGCCCAGUGCCACCCUGAUGCCCCUAAGCGCCGCUUUCUGUUGCCACAGGCUAGGUCCGGUGUGCAGAAGGCCUCGGCCACUAGGCUUGCCGAUGGGGUUGCCCGCCGCAUCCUCAUGAGGCGUCGGGGCGACUUUGGCUCGCACGACGUGCGGUUCUUCAGGAUCCCUUGGGUGGGCAAGCCGGCCAAGAAGCCGAGGAGCACCCGCAUCAUUUAUGCAUGCACCCGUUGCGCUGCCACGGCUACUACUCCCAAGCGGCUCCUUGCUCAGGCAUGCGAACGCAAGCUUCCGACCUCCUCCCGCACCAAGUUCGAGGCCAGCGUGAGGGUUAUGAUUGCUAAUGCUCGGCAUGCUGCUCCUUUGCUUGAUGGUUGCCGCCAGCUGCUUGAUUGCAUUUCCCCGCCGGGUCCCGCGCGCCGUCGGCUCACUGCCAAGGCGCUGCCGCCGCCGGCUUUGCGUGCUCAUGAUGUUGCUGCUGUGGCCUGGCCUUUCUUGAAAGACCAGCGCUUCGAGCUUGAGCUCCGCUUUCUGUGCUUGCGCUGUGCCGCUUGCCGCAAGAGCCGGGUUUCCCUUGAUCGCCGCAAGCUGUGUGAUGCUGUUGUUCGGGGCGGGGCUCGUGUUCGCCGUGAGCUUGUGCAGGCCACGCAGGACCAGGACCCGGUCAUUGCCCGAGCCGCCAAGCAUGUGCUGCAGCUUCUUGACAAGGUACUGCCCGCCGAGGCGUCCAGACAGGCCGUCCCGACAGAGGUUGUUGCCCUUGGUGAUGCCGGGACUGCUGCUCUUGACCUUAAUGCCUGUGGGGCCGCCGGCUCUAAUGAUCAUGUGCUUGCUGUGUCGGUUGACGCUGUGCCGCCUUGCCAGGGCCCGGGUGGCCUGCCAUGA